AUGACUGGACGACCUGCUAGGAAAAGAGGACGCCCUCCCAAAGCGGUGGUGUUAGAAAGACCAAAAAAAUUCCAGUAUCAUCUGUUAAAAAAACCAAAAUACCUCUUAAACCAAGAAAAUAAGGGGUCUGAAACCCCUAAUUCACAAGACAGUACUCCAACUCAUUCCAGAGGCGCAUCCCCAGAUAUUAGUGACAUCAGCAAUAAAAACAGUCGUUCAUUUAGGCAUAAACAAAGAUUAUCAUAUGGUUCAGUUUCAAAAAGGGGAGGUAAAAGUGUUAACUAUGGGCGACAUUACAAUUUCAAAUCAGCAGCUGAAAAGAGCUCUGAUUAUCAUUAUGGAUCAGAUUUUGAAGAUGAUUUUGAGGAAAUGAAAAGUGAAAGUGAAAUGGAUGACAAUAUCGACAUAGAUCCUGAUGCAGUUUUAUCAGAUGAUUGUGAUUCUGAUUCAAGUAAUCAUUCUUCUGACUUACCAAAAAACAAAGUGUCAUACAUUAAACCUCCAAGCCCUGAUCCCCUGUGGCUGCAAGAAAUAGAUUUACCUCCUUUAGAUCUGCCGAAAUCUUCUGAAGAUCUUCUAGUUCCAAAAGAAUAUAUAAUGAAAACUUUGAGUAUUUACGAAGUGUUAAGACAUUUUCGAAAUUUAGCUAGAUUAUCACCUUUCAGACUUGAAGAAUUUUGCGGGGCUUUAAUGUUAGAAGAGCAAAAUGUUUUGUUGGUGGAAAUUCAUAUAAUGCUCUUAAAAGCUAUUUUCAGAGAAGAGGAUUCUCAGCAAACUCAUUUCGGUCCUUUGGAUCAAAAAGACAGUGUGAAUGCUUGCAUUUACUUUAUAGAUCCAAUGACAUGGCCAGAAGUUCUGAGGUCAUAUGUGGAAAGUGAUAAAUCAUUUGAUCAUUCAAUUUUAGACAUUUUAAUUCCUGGUGAUUAUCCAUUUUGUGGGGUAGAGAAAAGGUUAAAAGUCCUUCAAUUUCUUACAGAUCAAUUUCUAGUGACGAAUCCUGUAAGGGAAGAUUUAAUUAGCGAAGGACCAAUUCAUUAUGAUGAUCACUGUAGAAUAUGUCAUAGACUAGGGGACUUACUAUGCUGUGAAACAUGUCCUGCUGUUUAUCAUUUAGAAUGUGUUGAACCCCCAUUAAAUGAUGUUCCUGAGGAAGAUUGGCAGUGUAACAUUUGUAAAUCACACAGAACCUCGGGUGUUACAGAUUGCAUAAUACCAGCUGAAAAAACUGGCACAUUAAGCAGACAUGAGCAUUUAGGGUUUGAUAGACAUGGUCGAAAAUAUUGGUUUUUAUGUAGAAGAAUAUUUGUAGAAAAAGAUGACGGCGAGGUAUGGUAUUAUAGCACAAAAUAUCAAUUAGAUGAACUAUUAGAUAAAUUAGAUGAAAAUUCAAUGGAAAAAACACUCUAUAGAGAAAUAACAAAUUUAAAGGACGUCAUUUUAAAGCACAUGAGCAUUACAGAAACUGUAACAAAUUCUGCAAAGGCCGGAAGAAAAUCGUAUUUAGAAGUUGAAAAUGCGGAAGAAAUGAAUAGAAUUUUGGCCGAAAGUGAAAGAACAGAUCAAAAUGAAAUUCCCACUCUAGCCGGCGAAGCAGAAAUUGAAACAGAAGAAGUUCCAUUAGCUUUGCAAGAAUUAGAAAAUUUGAGAUUAACUCGUUACAGAGCUCAACAAAUAGCUUCUGGAACUUUUCUUUUUAAGCUUGGUCAAGAUAAUAAUUGCAAGAACUACGUAAAUCAAUAUACGAGCAAUAUUUACGCAUUAAACAAACCUCAAAGAAACGAAGAAAGAGAUAAAAAACGUCACUUAUCUCAUAAAUUUUCCCUUACGGCUGCAUCAGAAUUCAAAUGGGCUGGAAGUGUUUUCGGACCAAAAGCUUUACUUAUUAAUACGUUGCGUCAAACUAUACUCCAACUCGAAAGUAACAUCCCAACAUCUUUUUUACACGUUAACUGGCCUCUGCUAAGGAAAACUUGGAUUGCCUGCGUUCAGUCGUGCAUUCAGCCAAAAGAUUUUGGCAAGGCAUUAGUUGUUUUACAGGCAUGUAUUAAACCAGUGGUAUACGCUUCGGUUUGGCACGAGCAACUGGGGCAUGUUCGAUUACACAGAGUUACUGCGAUCGAAAGAGAAGAAAGGAAAAAAAUUGAGAAAAGAGAGAAAAAAGAAAAGGAAGAUGAAGAAGAACGAAACAGAUUGGCGAUUAAUUUUGUAAAAUACACGCUCGGAUUGAAACAUUCAGUUCAAAAGCAAAAAGGUGAAGAGUAUCGUAUUCACGGGCAGUGGGGUUGGAGGUGGUUAUCUAGUACUAGAAAAUUAAUUAUAAAAGAUGCAAGAACUAUGGGUUUAAGAGCUGGUCCGCAAAAAAUUAUGGUUCAAGUGAAGGAUGGUAUUAAAGAAGUUUCCAACGAAUCGAAUCAACAAGAAUGGUCAAAAGAGAGUGAAACGGAUAAAAGAUUAAACAAUUUAAGAGUUUUUCGGCCCAUAAUGGAAUUCGAAACGAUUGAUGUUACUAAAGCUUUAACUUCUCCGGGAAGGUUACAGUAUCCCAAAAUAGCAAAAAAAUCCAAGUUGGAUGAUUUUUUACUCAGGCGGAGUAAUUUAAAAUUAUUAGAAGAGCGGAAAUUUAUUCAAAUGGGCAUGGUUGCCAAUUCUAGUUGUCAAGAAAUGGAUUCAAAAAAGCUUGAUUCAGACAUUGACGUUGAAGCUUUAGACGAAGAUAAAAAAAAUUUUGAUUUUGCAUCUUCGUCAACGAAUCAAGAUAAAUUAAUUGAAAUUGCUCAAGAAAUAUUGGUAUGCAAAAAGCGAUAUAAAGAAGUCAGUACUUCAAAAACUUUGUGCUAUUCAGUUUCGUGUAGAAAUAAUUCAUCUGGAGUUUUACUUUGCUACUCUCCUUUGUGCAUCCUUCAAAAUGCAUUAAAAGCGAAAUUGGCUACCCUUUUAAAAUCGGCCCAAGAAAUAACAGAUUCUCAAACACUACAAAACGUUUUAAUUACGACUGAAAAAAAUAUGAAAAACGUUAAAGAAAACGCAACAGGCGAAUUAAACGAAGCGGCUAAAAAAGAGUUGGUAAAUGCUGUGGCUACAGCCAAAAAUGUUGAAGAUGAUUCAAUAGAUUUUUCAAAAGUUUCCUCAAAACUCGAAGUUAAAGAAGAAGUACCUGAAUCUUACUUGGAAGAAGAAGUCAUAUCCAUGGAUACUGUAAUUUGUGGAGAAGAGGUUGUUACGACUGAUGACACGAUGAAAAAAGAAGAAGAAAUAGAUAUAGAAAAUGACAGUCCUAACAAAAUUAUCGGAUUCGACAGCGGACAAACGAUUAAAAGCAAUAUGAUAACAAAUGGUCAAGCUGUAAAAUCUGAAGGAUUACUAAAUAAAAUUUUAUCUGUUAAAAAAACGGAAGUUUCGGAAGAUUUAAAACAAAAUGUGAAGGGUGGUUUAAGCAAAAGUGGAUUAGAUAAUUUUAAAGUUUUGGAAAAAGUGAAAUUGGAAGAUGGAAGUGAAGUGGAAAGAGUUUACUCCGUCACCGAUACUAGGGGUAAAAUUUAUUUAAAAAAAUUAACGACUGCGAUUGUAGAUCGAAGGAGAAAGAAAACUCCUGUGAAAUAUCCUUUGUAUUCAACAUUUUUAAGUAAACACGGGCAAUACAGUCUUAUGAUUUUGCCCAAAUCGGAACUGAGAAAACUUGCCAGAAAUGGUGGAAAAUUGACGGUCAAUGGAUUUCAUCAUCUUGCCAAAAGUAACACUUGGCAAUGGCCUUAUCCUAAUUCGAAACCUCUUUUUAAAACUUGUUGGCUGUACAGAACUACAACAAUUCAAUCAAUACCAGCCAUUUCUCUGCAGUUACGUAUUUUAUGGGCGUGUCUCCGUUGGGACGACAUGCAAGUAAAACCUCAAUCAACCGAUGGUAAAAAUCAAGUGACGACCGAUACGGAAAUUAUGACUCUAGAAAUACUUAAACACAGGCAUUUAGGUGAAAAUUUAGAAAAAACGCAAUACCUUAGAAGGAAAAUUGUUAUACCUUUGGAGUUGCCGAAAACCAUCAGGGAAGUCAAUCCCAUAAGGAGUGGUUUGCGAAAAAGAAAACGGGAAGAAACUCCUCAAAAUACGGAGCCUCAGGUGUCUGAAGAAUGGGUCGAUGAAGAUAAAUUAGAACUAUGGGAAAUUAAACAAUAUUGUGAUAAAUUAGAAAAAACUAAUAAUAUGACGUUGACGAGGAGUCGCACGGGAACUUUGACGCCUAAAACCGAAAUAAAAAUUGAAGCUUCCACCAUAAAAGCGGAAAACAUAAUAACUAAAGGAACUCCUGAAGAAAUCAAAGAAAAAAUGGAAAUGCAACUGAGAGCUCAACGCGCUGCUCAUUAUCAAAAAAAAAGCGUAGAAACCAUGGUUAAAACAACCGGGGGACAAAUAAUUAAGCUUCUCCCAGCUACCAGAAAAAUUUACAUGUCAAAAGAUGGCACUGCAAAAGUUGUCACGUCUCCUGCUACUUUGGUUCAAAAAACAACUGCAGCUGGAAAUCUUCAACAAAGUCUCAUUAAAAUUCAACCUCAAACUGAUCAGCACACUUUUAGUAUUCAAGGAGGUCAUCCGCAGCGAGUACAAAUCAUUCGUGGUAACGACGGUAAAAUUCAAGUCAGAGGUUUGGUUCCUGGACAGCAAUUAAUUCAAAUGGCCGAUGGAAAACUUCACGUUUUGACUGGGCAAAUUUCAUCGCAAACGCAACCGUCAACAACCGUCGGUGGUCAAUCGACUCUCGUUCAAACACCUAGCAACACUAAAAUAACUCGUACGGAAGGAAGUGGAAUUACUUCUCCGGCUCAAAUAAUAGUGAAAAAUGCUCAAGGUCAGCAGGUUCGAGUCGUUCCUUCGGGACAAAAUUUAAAACAACAAUUGCAACAAAAUUUUCAUAAGAGUAUCAUUCUCAAGCAAGAUGGUACAAAAGUCGUUUUAUCACAACCUCAACAAACAACCCAAAAUAUAUUUGCCGGUCAAACUUUUACCCCUAAUUCUGUGGUGAUGCGAGGAAAUCAAGUUAUUGGCACCACUAACGAAAAGGGUCAAGUGGUUAUCACGUCAAGGGUUCAAAAUUUGAUUCCGCGAAAUGAUAAAACUCAAUCAAAUGUAGCUAUUUCGAAUCAGAGACCGAUCGCUGUAAGUGUGUCGAAUGCUUCAACCACUUCUUUGGCUUCAACCGUUGUACAAAAUUCGACUUUGAAUUCCGGAACCGUUAAUCAGACUGAUGCUCCUGCUUUGAUACAAAGUGGGUCGGUGGUGGUCAACAAUCCGGUUUUGGCUCAGCAAUUAGCAGAAGGAAAAUUACAACUUGCCACGCUGAACGGUCAACAGGUUUUAAUACGCACAACUUCGACGAACAAUGCAUUGAAUACGAAUUCGCAAACAUCCGCAACAACAAACCAUUUGCAAAAAUUGUUAUCACCUACCAAGUCGGCACAGUCAUCAUCUCCUUCGACUCCAAAAUCUUCUAAUGUUCAAGUUUCCGCGACGCAAGACACUCCUAUAAGUUCUCAAAAUUAUUGCAAAACGCAAACUGGUUUGAUUCAAAUAACGCAAAAGGAUGAAAACUCAGAAUCAAAUAUUAUGACGGAAGAAAUUCCUUCGAGACAAUUAGUACAACAACAACUUCGUCAACAAGUUUUAAGAAACCAAAGGACUGCUUCCGCAAAACUAUCAGUGUCAUCAAACCAAAAAAUUUUACAAUCGAGAUUGCAAGGGAGUUUAGAGCAAAAUGUUAAUUCGGAAAUGAUUGAAAAAACAUCGAACGAAAGCAUUGUCGAGUCUUCAGCGGAAUUCAAUCAAGAAAUGGACGCGAUAGAAAAUUCGGAUUCAAAUAACGAAUCACAAGUCGAAAUGCGAAAUCAAUCGGCGGAGACUCAAGAAAACAAUCCCUUAGCUUCGACGGUACUGGUUGAUCACAACAGUGAAAUAGAAAGACAAUUACUGGUUAGUCAACCGCCGGGAACCAUCAUCAAAUGUGUAACGGCUCAAGUUAUUCAAACUUCCGAGGGUCCCCGGAUAGUUUUACAGGGAAUUCAGGGAGCUGAUUUUACACCGCAACAGUUAAAUUUAGUUCAGCAACAAGUGAAACAGCAACUUUUAAAAAAUCAAGCGACGACAGGAAAACAAGGUGUUUUGGGUCCCACUAAGAUUUAUCUGGCAGUGCAACCUCCCCCGCAAACAAAUCAAUCCGGUAAUUCACCUGUCAAUGAGGAAACAUUACUUACACCGCAAAAUCAAAAAAUAUUGGUUAAGCAAAAUACUGCUAAAAAAACUCUCUCGGGAAAUCAAAGUGUAAUAGUUAGGCAAAAUGCUAAUUCGCAUAUUGAAAACGUGGCGGAAAAUCUGGAAACCGAAGAAACAACGGAUACGGACAACAAUUCUAAACAAAUGGAAGCGUCACCAACGAAAGACAACAGCGCGGCGGAAACGUUACCCAAAGAAAAUUGCGAAAAUCAAACUCCGGAUGGUCAACAGCAAAAGAAAUUUAUUUUGACUCACGAUUACAUUCAUCAAACCAUAAAAAAUGCUCUCAAGCAGGAAAAUUUAAAUCCGGAAAUAGAAGAAAAGCUAAUUCAAUUACAAAGGUAUCAAGAAAAACAAAUGAAAAAUGAACCCGUAAAUCCCGUUAUAACGCGACCUCAACCUAGAAAAAGACCUUCUUCCGUACAGGGAAACAAUCACGAUUAUGAAAUAUCUCUAUUGAAAAUUUUUAGUCCCACGAAAGCGGAUGGAAUCGAUGAGAAAAAUUCAAGGUCGAGGCAAAAAUGGAAAGAGAAUCAAGAAGAGAAGAGACGACAAGCAGCGCAGUCAAAAUUAAAUGUUUUAUUAUUCAGGCACAAGGAACUGUUGAAAAAAGAUAUUUUAAAGAAGAGAGCUUUAUUGGAGAAGGAAUUGCAAAUAGAUAUUCAAAGGGAAAUCAGCGUGGAAUUGAGUUCGCGUUCGAAGCAGCACGAAAAUAAAACGGAAGAAGUCAUAAGGACGGGAAGUGGAAAACGGAAAUCGGUUCCGGUACCCGCUGCGGCUCUUCAACCCCCCAAAUCGGGGUCCAGAGGCGUUUCGGGACGUCCUAAAAAUCAAACGGGGAAAAAGGAAAAAUUAUACUGCGUGUGCAGGACGCCCUACGAUGAUACAAAGUUUUACGUGGGUUGUGAUUUGUGCCAUAAUUGGUACCACGGAGACUGCGUCGGAAUCACGGAAAGCAUGUCGAAAAGAAUGACGGAAUUUGUUUGUACGGAAUGUCGUCACGCGAGAGAAACAAAAGAAUUGUACUGUUUGUGCAAGCAACCAUACGACGAAUCUCAAUUUUAUAUUUGUUGCGACAAAUGUCAGGAUUGGUUUCACGGUCGGUGCGUCGGCAUUCUUCAAUCCGAGGCGGACAACAUCGACGAGUACAUUUGUCCGAAUUGUCAAGUGGAUUCCAACAUAAAUUUUGCCAACAUGAAAAAAUUAAAUAACAGAGAUUACGAAGCGUUGAAAAAAUUGGUCAAGCAAAUGCAAGGACAUAAAAGUGCUUGGCCGUUCAUGGAACCCGUCGAUCCGACGGAAGCACCCGAUUACUAUAAAGUAAUCAAAGAACCCAUGGAUUUACAAACGGUAGAAUUAAGGAUAAACGAAAAACAUUAUAAAAAUUUAAGUGAAUUUAUCGGUGACGUAACAAAGCUUUUCGAUAAUUGUCGGUAUUACAAUUCAAAGGAAUCUCCCUUUUUCCGGUGCGCCGAAGGUUUAGAAUCAUUUUUUGUACAAAAAGUGAAAGGACUAAGAGAAAAAAUUGUCGAAAAUAAAUAG